CCAGUCAAGUAUCCCGCGGAAGCGCCAAUUCUUCCUCACCUAGUCUAGCAAAGUAAAUGACGAGUAACUGACUUUAUGCUUAUUGUCUGCUUCUUUCCUUUUCCCAAAAUCGGCGUUUCUCCCGACAAACACCUGCAUCCCGAUGUCCAAUGCCGGAAACCAGCAGCGUGAGUCACGACGGCGGGGAUAAUUAAACCAACGGAAGUGCGGAGAGCGACCUCACAUAAACACACUCCUCUCCAUCAACAUACAACCUAGCCUCAUCCACCCCACAUUCUCCAAACCCACCCAAACCCAACAUGUCCAACCCCAGCCCCCUCACCGACGUCUCCCCCGAAACCCUCGCCCUCCUAUCGCGACUCCACGCGCAAUCCCUCACCCAAGAAGCAAAGGUAACCACCUCCGACUACGCCGACGACGUCGUCGACUCGCGCAUGAAAGACACAUUCAUCGCCCUCGACGAAGACAAAUGCCACUUCAUGUACCAGCUCUGUCUCGCGACCAACGCCAAGACCAUCGUCGAAGCCGGGACCUCCUACGGCGUGAGCACGAUCUACCUCGCGCUGGCCGUGGCCGCCAACACCGCCGCCACGGGGGGCGCAGGUCGGGUCAUCGCGACGGAGCACGAGCCCGAGAAAGCCCGGCAGGCGCGACAGCAUUGGGCUGAGUGCGGGGACGGGGACUCGGUGAGCGACGUGAUUGACUUGCGAGAAGGCGAUCUGCGGGAAACCCUAAAGCGGGAUCUGGGGACGGUGGACUUGUUGCUUUUGGAUAUCUGGGCGCCUCUCGCACUUCCGACAUUGAAGCUGGUCCAGCCGUCGCUGCGGCCGGGGGCGGUUGUUCUUACGGAUAAUACGAUCGGGGCGGAGGCAAGGUAUCGUGAUUUGUUCGCGUAUAUGCGUGCUCCUGAUAGUGGGUUUCGGAAUUUGACCAUCCCCUACACGAAGGGGUUGGAGAUGAGUGUGUACCUACCGGGUGCUUCUGCGAAAUAGAUAGGUGUCUGCUGGACUGGACCCGAAUGCCGAUCCUGAAAAUACCAAUGAGGAAAACUAUGAGACUUGCAUCGUCUUUUAAGU